UUAACCACGAACCAUUCAGCCCGAUCCGAUCGACUAAUCCGGUCCGGUUUUUUAAACCAUGUUUAGCCCGAAUUAUAUGGUGUACAUAAUUGUUUCCAUCUCAGAGUGGGGCAAUAAAGGAACCUUCGUGGGAAAAAUGACCCACUGUUGCUCUCUUGUAAAUCUUCAGCUUCCAGUUCCACCCUUGAUUGGAAACAGUUUCCCACAAUUUUCCCACAACCGCAAAUCUUCUUCUUCCUUAAAUCGAUUCCCCAAGUUCCAGCCUUGUCGAAUUUCCCGAUCAACCCAAGCCACAUCAUCAGCGCCGCCCAUGGAAGUUGAACGAAGUGAUGAUUCCACAGAAUCAUCCUCGGCAAUGAAGCUCUUGUUUGUCGAGAUGGGUGUCGGCUAUGAUCAACAUGGCCAGAAUAUAACUGCUGCAGCAAUGAGAGCGUGCAGGGAUGCCAUUUCUUCUAAUUCAAUCCCUGCUUUCCGGAGAGGUUCAAUUCCUGGGGUCAGUUUUGAGCAGAUGAAAUUGCAGAUCAAGCUAGGGGUUCCUCAUUCUCUCCAGAAAUCUUUGGAUAUUGAGAAAGUCAAGUCUGUAUUUCCCUAUGGAAAAAUAUUGAAUGUUGAUAUUGUGGAUGGUGGUCUGAUAUGCUCAAGUGGAGUGCAUGUAGAAGAGAUGGGUGACAAGAAUGAUGAUUGCUACAUUGUGAAUGCUGCUGUUUAUGUGGGUUAUUAACUUUCAGCUUCUACAGAGCUUUGUUCAGUUUAGUCUCCUGUUAUUGGACUUUCACUUCUGAUAUUAAUAAUUGAUGGAAUCUGCUGUAUAAUAAUGUAGAACAUUGUACAUUUCAAUAUUCUAUUUCACAGUUCUUGUAGGGUCA